GAGAGAGUUACUGUCUCAGCUCCAGGAUGUGCGUUGUUCCACUGGAAGCUCUUCUGACGGAGCGAGGCAAUUAAAAAACAGUGGAAUGGAAAGAAAGAGUUGUAGUCAUCCUGUGUUAUGCUCAUUGUCAGCAAUGUAUACAUUCCUGCUAGGUGCCAUAUUCAUUACUUUAAGCUCAAGUCGCAUCUUACUGGUAAAAUAUUCUGCCAAUGAAGAGAACAAGUAUGAUUAUCUUCCAACUACUGUGAAUGUGUGCUCAGAACUGCUGAAGCUAAUUUUCUGUGUGCUUGUGUCAUUCUGUGUUGUAAAGAAAGAUCAUCAAAAUAGAAAUCUGAAAUGUGCUUCCUGGAAGGAAUUCUCUGAUUUCAUGAAGUGGUCCAUUCCUGCCUUUCUUUAUUUCCUUGAUAACUUGAUUGUCUUCUAUGUCCUAUCAUAUCUUCAGCCUGCCAUGGCUGUUAUCUUCUCAAAUUUUAGCAUUAUAACAACAGCUCUUCUAUUCAGGAUAGUGCUGAAGCAGCAUCUAAACUGGAUACAGUGGGCUUCCCUCCUGAUUUUAUUUUUGUCUAUUGUGGCCUUGAUUACUGGGACUAAAACUUCACAACAUAACCUGGGAGAACAUGGAUUUCAUCAUGAUGCCUUCUUCAGCCCCUCUAAUUCCUGCCUUCUUUUCAGGAGUGAGUGUCUCGGAAAAGACAAUUGCACGGUAAAGGCAUGGACUUUUCCUGAAGCUGAGUGGAACACCACAGCCAGGGUUUUCAGUCACAUCCGUCUUGGCUUGGGCCACGUUCUUAUUAUAGUCCAGUGUUUUAUAUCUUCAAUGGCCAACAUCUACAAUGAAAAGAUAUUGAAGGAAGGGAACCAGCUCACUGAAAGUAUCUUCGUACAGAACAGUAAACUCUAUUUUUUUGGCAUUCUUUUUAAUGGGCUGACCCUAGGCCUUCAGAGUAGUAACCGUGAUCAGAUUAAGAACUGUGGAUUUUUUUAUGGCCACAAUACAUAUUCAGUAGCCCUCAUCUUUGUAACUGCAUUCCAGGGCCUUUCAGUGGCUUUCAUUCUGAAGUUCCUGGAUAACAUGUUCCAUGUCUUAAUGGCCCAAAUCACUACAGUCAUCAUCACAACAGUGUCUGUCCUGGUCUUUGACUUCAGGCCCUCCCUGGAGUUUUUCUUGGAAGCCCCAUCAGUUCUUCUCUCCAUAUUUAUUUAUAAUGCCAGCAAGCCUCAAGGUCUGGAAUAUCCACCUAGGCAAGAAAGGAUCCGAGAUCUAAGUUGCCGUCUUUGGGAGCGUUCCAGUGGGGAUGGGGAGGAACUGGAAAGACUUACCAAACCUAAGAGUGAUGAGUCAGAUGAAGAUACUUUCUAGCUGGUACCCAAAUAUUUGGCAGCUCUUACAAACCUGAUUUCAUUUUUAGUGUUUGUAAUAUUCAUCUUUUUACUUUGAUUAGCCAAGAAUGUUUCAAAAGCAUAAUACUUUGUGCAUGUAACUAACUACUCUAAAUGGUUUAAUCCAAGGCUUAGAGUACCCAAAGGUUAAAAAAUUCUAACGAACUGAUCUAGUAAUAAUGGUAUAAAAACUAUAUUUAUGACUCAGUACUUGAUAAAUCAACAAGAUUUACUUGCAUAUUAUUUUUCUUGCCUUCCAGGAUUCCAAAAAUCUUGCAAUAAUCAUGUUAGUUAUACCCUAUAAAUGCACAAAUAGAGAUCAGUUUGCCAGAUAUUAAUAAUUAUGUAGCUCUAGUCUGCAUGCCAAAGUCUUCCCUUUUUUUUUUUUUUUUUUUUUCGUGUCCGGCAACGGAUCG